AAUAGUCGUUUUACAGCUAUGAGCAAAGCCGGACGAUAGACGAUCAUGAGCACUGUGCGUGAAUAACUUAAAAUAGAUUUGCCGUAUUUUUAACGUGACGUGACGUCUUAUCAGGGCAAACGAACUUGGUAGUUUCGGGUUUAGACAUUACAGUUUUUUUCUUUGCCCAAAUUUCUUAUAGUGACAAAAAACACUGUAAUGUUUAAAACGUUGUUCGACUCUUUGAUAACUCAGGCCAGCUGUCAAGAGGUGGGGGGCUGGUUACCUAAAAAGGGCCGACACAGACCGCCUUCAUGAGAUAUUUCUGAAGUUUGCAACAGUAGAGAAGAAUGGAGAACACUUCAUCACCAGUGAAGAUUUUGUCAGGAAGUUCCUUGGAUUGUUUGACGAAAAUGACUUCAACAAAGAUUCAGUUGAGCUCAUCGCCGGCAUCGUGGACAUGGACAAGAACGGGCUCAUAUCGUUCCCGGAGUUCCAGGCCUUCGAGGGGCUACUCUGCGUGCCCGACGCGCUGUAUAAGACCGCCUUCCAGCUCUUCGAUACUAACGGCAACGGACUUGUGGCUUUUGACGAGUUCGCGGAAGUCAUGCAAAAGACGGUCCUGAACAAAAAGCUCCCCUUUAACAUGGAGAGCACCUUCGUCCGCCUCUACUUCGGCAAAGACAAGAAACGCCUCGUCACAUACCCGGAGUUCAGCCAGUUCCUCCAUGACUUCCAUGAGGAGUACGGAGUGGAGGCCUUUAAGAAGUGUGACAAGGAUGGAAGUGGUUUCAUCAGUGCGGGGGACUUUAAGGAUAUCAUGUUGUCCGUUAAGAGUCAUCUGCUGACGAAGGACAUGAAGAAUAAGGUUAUUAAUGCGACCGGAUUCCCUCAAGGCUCAAGAAAAAUCAGCUUCCCCUACUACAUGGCAUUCAACUCUCUGCUCAACAAUAUGGAACUUAUCAAGCGUGUAUAUCUAAAUGCUACCAACGGUCAUCGCACGCAAGAGGUGACCAAGGAAGAGUUCCUUCACUCUGCUCAGAUGAUGAGUCAGAUCACUCCCUUGGAAGUCGAUAUAUUGUUCUUCCUGUGUGACACCAUCAACCAUACUAAUGGACGAAUCGUGUACAACGACCUAAACUCGAUAACUCCCGAGCAAUACUUCAAACAAGUCACCCGACGAGUCGCCGAAAUAAAAGCCGUGUCCAGUCCCGCAGACAGAAGCUUCUUCAUCCAAGUCCUGGAACAGACGUACCGUUUCACGCUGGGUUCUAUCGCUGGUGCUGUGGGCGCCUCAGCUGUAUACCCCAUCGACUUAGUAAAAACCCGCAUGCAGAACCAACGUACCGGCUCCUUCAUCGGCGAAGUGGCCUACCGCAACUCCUUUGACUGCUUCAAGAAGGUCAUUCGGCAUGAGGGCAUAUUCGGCCUGUACAGAGGUCUCGUGCCCCAAUUAAUCGGUGUGGCUCCUGAGAAGGCCAUUAAGCUGACGGUGAACGACUUGGUUCGUGAUAAAUUAAUGGACAAAAAUGGAAAUCUAAGCAUUUACGCUGAAAUCUUUGCUGGUGCUUGUGCUGGCGGUUCCCAAGUAAUAUUCACAAAUCCCCUCGAAAUCGUAAAGAUCCGUCUCCAAGUGGCCGGCGAGAUCGCGGGCGGACAGAAAGUUCGCGCCUGGGCCGUGGUCAAAGAACUGGGUCUAUUUGGCCUAUAUAAAGGCGCCAGGGCUUGUCUGCUUAGAGAUAUGCCGUUCAGUGCGAUCUAUUUCCCCGCUUAUGCUCAUGUCAAGGCGAAAUUCGCCGACGAGAACGGCUACAACCACCCGCUCACCCUGCUGGCGGCCGGCGCCAUCGCCGGCGUGCCGGCCGCCUCGCUCGUCACGCCCGCCGACGUCAUCAAGACGCGCCUGCAGGUCGUCGCCAGGACCGGCCAGACCACUUACACGGGCGUGCUGGAUGCCGCCCGGAAGAUAUACGCGGAGGAGGGAUUCAGGGCUUUCUGGAAGGGAUCUGUCGCCCGUGUGUUCCGGUCUUCGCCACAGUUCGGUGUGACGCUCGUGACGUAUGAAAUCCUACAGCGUCUCUUCUACGUCGACUUCGGAGGAUCCCGACCAACGGGCUCCGAGCUGACCGUGGCCACGCCCAUCGAGGAGACCAUGAAGAAGCCGCACCACAUCGGAGGGUACCAGGUCGCCAUACCAGUCCUCACCGGUCUCGAGACCAAGUUCGGUAUCUCGUUGCCGAGGUUCUCCUUCCCUAAGAACGCUCCCGCACAGUAAGCUGGCCUAAUGUACAGAUAAAGGACAGAAAAAUGGGUAUGUUUUUGUAUAGCGAGAUUUUUUUAAGAUAUACGGUUGGUAAGAUCUCUCGAGUAACUUUUGGACACCUUGAAAAAUUCCAACUAUAAAUAUAUGUACAGGAUAAUUUUCGCUUCUGGACAAACUAAAAUCCGAUGUUGAGAUACUUACUGGAUAUGUAAAUAUAGAAAAAAAAUCUAGAUUUCUAAACAUUAAUUUGAAAUUUGUCUUGAAAUAUUAUUUUAAGAUUUAUGGUACAAGUAAAUAAAAUAUAGACAAUCAAUUAAAAUUAAAAACAAUAACAUUAUUAUACGUGUGUAUUGACAUGACUCUGAAUGUUAGACAGUCUAUCGUAAUAUUUUGUAUAUCAGACAAAAUCACCCUAAUAAAAAAAUUAAAAGAAGGUUUUAAAAGUUUGUCUAGAGGUUAGACUAUCCUGUAUAAAAACUAAUAAAAAAUGUACACGUUUUCUUUGAUUUUGAUAAAAAAAUUAAAGGAAACUGAGAUCCAACGCGGUAGUUUAUUUACCGUAUACCUUGAAGUUAAGGUUGAAUUUACGCUAAAAGUGGUCAAAAUAUUUAACAUGUUCUGGUGACUAAAUGUAGUGACAUACCAGUGAGUAUUUAAAUUAAUAACUACACGCAAGGGCAAUUAAAACGAGUCAUUUUCUACGAUUUUUUUCCCUAAAAAAGUGAUCCGUUUUCUUUGCCUAUUAUCGAGAGAAACAUUUUCUAUUAAUUAUCUAAGAUCUUAUUAUUUUGUAUAAUAGCUAAGAAUAGGGAGACACAUAUACACCGUGUUUUUUUUUAACUCCGUUAACUUCGGGGUUUGGCUAAGUACCUUUAUGGAAACUAAAUGGCAUAGUUAUUAUAUUAACUCGACCAAAUAUACAACAAUUUGUAAAUAGGCCCUAAGGCAAGUGUACACGCUUCCAUGAAAUUAACGGAGUUUGAAGAAAACACGGUAUAUUAUAUUUCCUAUCCCAACGGUUCUACUCUAUCAAAACCAGUGAAAUGUUCAAAAACGCAUACUUAAAUAAUAUGUAAAAGCUUUUAGCAUUUGAAAAGCUGAGUUCACACACAGACUACAAUUUUCGAGACGAAAAUUUUAGAAUUAUAUUAACGUGCUAUGUAUAAAGUUCGAUUUUACGUCUUUAUUAUACAAAGUGGACUCGGCUUUAUGUAAUGAUACUGCCAAAACCACAUUUAUUAACUAAUUUCACUUUCGCUCUUUCCUACUACGCGAUAAAUGCUUCCAUCUCAUCACCAGAACAUAUAGGAAAUAUUAAAACAUAACGUAAUGAUUUAAGCCCGUCACAGACGGAGCGAUAAUAUAUAUUAAUAUACCGUAACAUACCGAUAGAUAUAGCUAACCACACACGACAACGAUACCAAAAUAUAUAUCGCUCUCUAUCUAGUACUUACAUUGUGAGAGAGACUAAAUAUCGCAAGGUAGUUUAAGAUGCCUUGCUAUAAGAUAUCAAAAUACACGGUGUAACAUGAGGAAACCAAAAGAUUUUAAUAGUGUGAUCAGUUGAUCACAUUUAGAGACUAAAAUGUUAUAUAAACUUUUCUGGAUAUUCCCUAGUUUCAGAGUUAACACCAAUAAAAAAAACUUAUUGUAACUUAGUGCAAAACGCCUUUUAGAUGGCGAUGAUGCCCUUAUGGGACGUAGUCUAAAUAUCCUUAUUGAUAGAUGUCAAAAACUGAAAAGUAACUUUUACAAAAGUAGGUUUUCCAAAAAAAUCGGUAAACUUCGUAUUCAGUGCCAGUUUUACCAUAACAUUAACCUUUUACGUCCAAAUACGAUCAAAAAUUGGCAAAAAAAGGACGAAAAAAAAAAUUUUUUUUGGCCCAAAUUUUCACAACUCAUAUAACAUUUUUUCAUUCUUUUGGCCUCUGAAAUGCGUGGUUAAAAUCUUUCGGGUUCCUCGUGUUACACCGUGUAUAUAUAUAUAGCUUCCUGUGUAGACUCUGUCAAAUGGUACGUAAAGUAUAUCGUAUGCCUUGCUAUAAGGGGUCAUCCAUUAAUUACAUCACGCGUUUAGGGGGAGGGAGGGGGUCAAGAAAAUGUGACAAGGGGGAGGGGGGGGAGUCACCAACUUUGUGACGUCACAACAGUAAUCGAUUUUUCUUUCAAUUUUUAUUCGUUGUAAAGUUAAAUAAUGAGUUUUUGGAACGAUAUUCGUUUAAUGUUAUUUCCUAAUCGGUUUUGUGUUAUAAAAUUACUAAUAAUCUUCUUCUUCUUCCGUCCCUGGUCCCGUUAUCUGGGGUCGGGUCUCCUCACUCUACGGCGCCAGGUUGAUCUGUCCUGGGUUGUCGGUUUUGGCAAUUGGGCUUUCUUAAGGUCUCUUUCGAUGCUUGACCACCAGGUCGAUGGCGGGCGGCCUCUCCCUCUCUUUUGUUCUGGCAAGCUUAAUGCGAUUUUCACUACAUGGUCUUCAUCACGUCUCAUGAUAUGACCGUACCAUCUAAGGCGAUUUUCCGUCAUUUUGUCUGUGAUUGGUGCAACUUUAAAGCUCCCCCGAAUGUAUUCGUUCCGAAUUCUGUCCAUCCUGGUCACCCCACCCGCCCAGCGCAGCAUCUUCAUUUCAUUUACAUGUGCUAUCUGUUCAUGCGCUUUCGCAUUCGCAUAAAAUUACUAAUAAUACUUUUAUCAAAAAUAAUUUGAUAAAAUAUAAUACUAGCCAAUUCGAAAAAUGUGACGUCACACCAGAGGGGGAGGGGUUUGCCAAAUGUGACCAAGUGUGACGAGGAGGGGGGAGGGGUCAAAAAACCUAGAAAUUCGUGUGAUGUAAUUAAUGGAUGACCCCUAAUAUAUAUUUAGCUAUAUUAUCGCCCCGUCUGUGACGGGCCUUAAAAUGAACUCAGAAUCGUUCACACUUAGCAUUUUUGAUCAAAGUCCUAUUUUAGAUUAUAUUUUAUAGUUGUAAGUAAAUAUCGAAUCAAAGUCAGGAUUACUGAUAUUGUUUUUAUUUUGAUUAUUAAAUCAAGUUAAUUAUGAAUAUGAUUCAAUUUGAACUUUUGAUAUUGAGAUUGUACAGAGAUUCCGAAAGACGUUACCUGCUCACAUUUAUUUUAGCAUUUUCAAAGAAAAUGCAUAAUGUACUUGCGAAUAGCUAGACAUUUAUAUAUAUAUAAGGGGUGACAUUUUGGAAUUUGGACAAUAAGGAAUUUUUGUCGCAAUUAUUUGGGAUGAAUUAAUUCCUAUUUACAAGCAAUGUUAAAUACUUAAAUCACCUUUUUUGUGGUGUGAAUCGAUUAUGAAACACGCGCUUCUUAAAAGUAUGAUGUACUUUCUACUUAGUGAAGUAAAGAAUCAUGUGUGUAUUAUAUUUUCCAUGUUAAAACAUGAAAACACUGGUUAUCACGUGUAAUGUCACCCUGUUUAAACAAAUCUUACGGCCUGUGCACACCGGAGGCGUAAGCGUAAACGCGGGCGCGUUGCAAUAUACAGAUCCUUAUGGGAGACGGCACACCGCUUGCGUGACCUGUGCGUACCUGCUACAUAGCUCACGUCUACGCACACGCCGCCGGUGUGGUCUGGCUUAAUUAGUAAUCAUAAUAAAUUAUGCAAUAAUUGAGUGACAUUUACUGUUACUUGAUACGCUAGAUUUCUUAUCUAUUCUGCUAACCCCAUUUCGUUGCUAAUUAACGUCAGUAGUCCAUCCACGAGAUUAGAGCUUAAAACUGUGUUUUAUUAACAUUUUACGCUUAUAUAGUUCGUGUCAUCCACGAUGACGCGCGGAUUUGUCAAAUCUAACCUUUAAUAACAUGACAAUCGAGUCAUGGCACGCGUCUUCGUGAAUGACACGAUCUUUAUCUUUUGUCACGAUUGUCAUGAUAUUUCGGCAAGUGACACUUAUCCAAGUGAUGCUUAUUUAACAUGUAACUAUUUAAAUCUUCAGCUUUGAGAGCUUCAAAACUUUAAAAUAAUAACACAUAAAAUAUGAGUCCUGGCAGCCAUACCCAAACCCAUUUAACCUUUUGACCGCCAAAGACGUCAUAUGACGCGCGCGGCUACAGCCCAAUAUCAACCUUCAUGCGUACCGACAAGGUUCACGAUUACGCGCCGCGUGCGAUACGCGUGGCGUUCAAAGGUAUAAACUGGGUCAGUGUCCUUAAGGUAGAGGUUUCAGUAGAAAUGGCAAAUAUAUAGGUAAAAAACUUAAGUCACCUGUUGUUUGUAGUUGUGACGUGUUCGAAUAGACAAUACAUGUUUAAAAGAUACACACAAACAAAACAAAUGUCUAUUCGAACACGUCACAACUACAUACAACAGGUGACUUAAGUUUUUUACCUAUAAUUCAAUUUACUUUUAGGAAAGUCAUUGUCUUAUCAAGUUUAUAUACACUUAAAUAUCCUAUAGUGGCGCAGUUGGCAAACAACCGCUUAGUAACAGGUGGUAACAGAGAUGAUCCGGGUUCGAUCCCCGGACGUGUAUGCAGAUAUUGCUUUUUCUAUUUUUUUGCACUUCAAGUUCAUAUUUUUGAUUGACUAAGCGAGUGUGAAGCUCGAGCUAAGCGUAUCAGUUUCAGCUUGUACACAUAUGUUUUCUUAUGUUUAGUUGUUCUCCCUGCCUGUAAGUCGCAUGUUUGAAGUGAUUUGUGAAAUUGUGUGAACAGUUCCGAUAGUCAUUAUUUUGUUGAUUAAGUUUUUUUUGUAUUUAAAUCAAUAAUAAUAUACUUCGUUCCAACCGAGUGUUCAACGACACUGACGCAUUUUAUUUAUAUCAAUUUGUAGUUAUAAUAAUAUAAUUAUUAAUAUUUCUGAUGAAAACAGCCUUCAUAUUAAUGUUAGGUUGUAUGUCAAAUGCUAAUAAUAUCUGUCAUAUUUGUUUACAUUAUUUGCCAUUUCUAUUGAACUUCACUUUAUAUUGCUGGAUCGCUCUUUGCGCCUGAUUGUUAUUGUAAAAGCCAGUGGUGGGCAAAGUGCGGCCCGCGGGCCAGCUCCGGCCGCCGGUCCUUCUAAAUAAUUAUUAGCUCGCAACAUAACGGUUUCUAAUCAAAAGGCAUAUUCUGCAGUUCCGACCCUCGGUUUUUUUCAAUUUUAUAUUUUAAAUUUUCUGGCCCCACCAUGAAGAAAGUUUGCCCACCACUGGUAUAAGCGAUGGAGAUAGUCGUAUUUUGGAUUGAAUUUUUAACAGUGUUAUUGAGUCUGUGUUUCUAAGUUUUAUUAUUUCAAAUUUUAAAAUAUUGUAAUGUUUAUGAAUAUGCAAGCUUCACGAACUAAUCACGGUAUUUCAUAUCAAGGAUAAUUAUAUAACACAAACUCUACUUAUGUAAGAAGUGCUAUAAUAAAAUUUUGCAAUCUGCAAGCAAUAA